AAUGACUUCAUAGCAGAGUAUCUCACCCACCGAGACACAUAUCUAGAUGUCAUCUUGGACUCAGAGAAAUUUGCCACAGGGAUCUGUGAGACUUGCCAAUGUGAAGAUGCUGCCUUCCAUUGCACAACUUGCACUGGCGACCACAGUUGGUGUCAGCCUUGCCUCCUCAAAUCACAUCAGUCAUUGCCUUUCCACAAAAUCCAAUUGUGGAACGGCAAGUGCUUCGAGGACGACACUCUUGCUGACCAAGGAUUUAUAUGGUACAUGGGCCACGGUGGAAAGUCUUGCCCUUUCUAUGGAGUUGCACAAAGUCACGUUGAUCAAGAUACUCCUGUGAUUAUUGUACAUUCUUCUGGGGUGUUCACACACAAUGUGUCAUGGUGUCAAUGUCCAGGAUCACAUCAUGAACAUCACCUGCAGCUGCUCCAAGCAGGACUAUUUCCUGCCAGUACCACACACCCUAGGACUGCUUUCACCUUCGAGGUACUGGAUCAUUUUCUCAUUGAUGCCUUGGAAUGCAAGACUUCAGCAAUGAGCUUCUUUGAGAAAAUCAGACGGCUGACAAAUAAUGCUUUCCCGGACACUGUCCCAGAUCGCUAUCGAGAACUCAUGAGAGUAUCUCGACUCUGGCGGGACUUGAAGAACCGUAAAUGGUUUGGAUUUGGCCAUGACAAGGAAGCGCCCCCUAGUGCAGGAGAUCUUGCCCUAUUUUGCCCUUCAUGUCCACAGCCCGGAAUCAAUAUGCCUCUUGUUUGGGAGCAACAGUGGCUUGUUAUGAAAAGAUUGGUGGUAGAUGGAAAUUUUACUGCUCAGCAUAUGAACAUGCGACAGCCUGAGCUUGACGUCUUCCUGUCAGAUGGUUUAGGUUAUAUGGUAACAGACAGAGAAUACCAAGCACACUUGACUUCGGCUAUAGAGAGUAAAGAGCAAUCCUUGUGUAGCAACCAUCGGGCAGUCAAUGCAGCAAACACAAACAGAAGCAACCUCAGGGCUACAGGGGUUGGUGCCACUGCUUGUGCUCGGCAUGGUUGUUUUGUUCCUCACUGCAUAGUGGACUUUCAGAAGGGUGAACGGCAACACGCUGCUGGCAACGUUGACAACUCCCUGAUCAUCUAUGAUGUGGGGUGUCAGUGGAACCUUAACUUUGGUCAACGUGUUGCCAACUGCCCUGGCUUGGCACUCCCAGACAACACCAAGAUUGUGGCUGCGGUGGGGAAAUUUCACUUGAGCGCUCAUAAACUUGCCUGUUUUGCUAGAUACAGCUUAAACUUCAUUCAAGGAGCUGGACAAGUUGAUGGGGAAAUUCUGGAGACACUCUGGGCUCCCUUUAACAAGAUAUCUCCCACAGCACGUUCUAUGAGCCAAGCUCACCGUCAAGAAAUUCUUGAUGAUCACAUGCGUAACUCAAAUUGGAGAAAACUUGUCAGAAUAGGUAAGUGCCUAUAUUUGGAAUGA